AUGAUGGAGGAAGCAGCAGACGAUCGCUCAAUUCUUAGAGUUCAUCUUCCAAAUGGAGGAUUUAAUAUGGUCAAGUACGGAGAUGCAACGGAUGUGAAGGACAUCAUUAAACUUGUUGUUGGGCGUCUGGCGGCAGGGGAGCGUUAUUUCUCACGGUGCUAUGCCCUCAAGCUGGCACUGGUUUCUCAGCGCAAGAGCCACUGGCUGCACAAUGAUCUCAGCAUGUACCAGGUGCGGCAGAAGUACGAGGCUAAAUGCAUGCCUGAGGAUCUGAGAUAUGAACUAAGAGUUCGAUACUUGCCCAAAAGCUUUCAUGAGUUGUGGCAAAAAGAUAAGGUCACCUUCUGUUAUCUGUAUGACCAGGUGAGAUCUGAUUACCUCAGAGAUGUUGCAGACCAUAUAGACCAUGUAGUUGCCAUACAGUUAGGAUGUAUCGAAAUGAG